CACUAAAUUGGUAAAAAGCCCGAAGAAAUAGCUCCUUUCUUUUUAUAUUAAGUAGAUUCAUAUUCUUUGAAAAAUUCCAACUAAAUUGGGUGGGAGUUUCUCUUAGCUUUCCAUGGAAAAACACAUCCCAGAUAUAGCAAACCAUCUAAAUUACCAUACCCUUUUCUCAUCUCUAAACAAACAGAAUCAGACCACCGAAAAAUAUUGAGAAAAAGUCUUUCCUCCAACGCCAUUCUCAUUUGUCCAGUUAUUUCAGCUGUUUAUUCUCUCUCUCCAUCCUGAGAAACAUCCACUUUCCUCCACCAUGGCGGCCGGAGCCUGCAGUGUCCUGUUAUGGAGUUUCUGCAUGUUGAAUAUUGUUCAAGUGGCUGUUUCAGCUGUUGUGCCAGGCGUCGGCGUCAACUGGGGGAACUUAGCUUCGCAUCCAUUGCCUCCUAAAAUUGUUGUUAAAAUGUUAAAAGACAAUGGCAUUACUAAGGUUAAGCUUUUCGAUGCUGAUUCUUGGACCCUAAAUUCCUUGGCUGGUUCUAACCUUGAGGUCAUGGUUGGCAUCCCUAAUAACAUGUUAGAUUAUAUUUCUGACAGUUUGGAUAAUGCUAAAGAUUGGGUUAAAGAAAAUGUGACCAGCCAUCUCAAACCUAAAGGAGAUAAAAAUGGCGUCGACAUCAGAUACGUGGCUGUCGGGAAUGAGCCAUUCUUGGAAUCUUAUGAAGGCAAAUUCGAUGAUACUACAUUCCCAGCUAUACAAAACGUCCAAAAAGCUCUGGACGAAGCAGGAGUUGGUGACAAGAUUAAAGCCUCAACAGCUUUAAACGCCGAUGUUUAUGCCGGAGACAAACCUUCACAGGGUUACUUUCGCAGUGACGUGAGAGAUGUAAUGCUUAAAAUCGUCAAGCAUCUCAAAAAGAACAAAGCUCCCUUUAUCGUUAACAUUUACCCAUUUCUCAGUGUCUAUCAGACAACCGGAUUCCCUUUGGAAUACGCUUUCUUUGAAGGCAGUAGUAGAAAAGUUCACGAUAAAAACGUAUCAUACUCUAACGUUUUCGAUGCAAACUAUGAUACCCUUGUUUGGGCUCUACACAAAGCUGGUGCUCCUGAUUUAAAGAUCAUUAUUGGAGAAGUCGGUUGGCCAACAGAUGCUAGCAAAUAUGCUACGCCCAAGUAUGCACAGAAAUUCUACGAUGGUCUUCUCAAAAAAUUGGCUGAGAAGAAAGGAACCCCACUUCGUCCAGGCAUGUUAAGUGUGUAUCUCUUCGGCCUGCUCGACGAGGACAUGAAGAGCAUAUUGCCAGGCUUCUUUGAGAGGCACUGGGGUCUGUUUCGAUACGAUGGACAGCCAAAAUUUCCCAUGGAUCUCUCUGGGAAAGGCCAUGAUAAGAUGUUAAUAGGUGCAAAGGGUGUUCAAUACAUGACGAAACAAUGGUGUGUGCUUAAUGAUGAGGUUAAAGAAGAGAGCUUGAUACCAAGUGCAUUAAGCUAUGCUUGUUAUCAUUCAGAUUGCACAAGCUUGAGUCCUGGAUCUUCAUGCGGGAAUUUCAACCUUAGAGGCAAUGCUUCUUAUGCUUUUAAUAUGUAUUUUCAAAUGAGCAGUCAAGAUGUUGACGCUUGUGAUUUUAAUGGGUUGGGUCUCAUUGUCACUCGUAAUGCUUCUCGUGGAACUUGCCUUUUCCCUGUGCAAGUUGUGAGUCAAGGAGAGAGAGUUCUUUUGGGUUAUGGGGUGAACAUUUUUCUAGUAUUUGUAAUGUCUUUUUUCAUUUUUAUGUGAUCAUUAUCACAAGCACUUGAUCUCACCCUAUUAAUACAAAUAUUUAUAUGUUUAUGUUUAUUUUCUUUUCUUCAAU